UUGCUUAUUUAAUUUUUUUUGCUUAGAAAUGGAAGACGAAUUAGAGGAUCGAGUUUUACAUCAAACAUACUUGUCUUUUAUGAAAAUUUUGUCGCGCUUUAGUAGUAGUGUUGCUUUAGACACCCCAACGAGCUAUUUCUGGAAGAUGGUGCGUCUUUAUUUAUUGCGCUCGGAAGUGCUCAUUUUCACAUUUGGAAUAGUAGUAGUCUUCAUGUACUUACAAACUAUAGGAUUAUGGAGCCGUACGUUACUAAGCAGGCUAUCGCAUGCCGUAAAUCCAAUAAAUGCAGUCCAAAGAAUGAAGUUGAUGGAAGGCUCGGAUGCGGACAAACAGAGUUGGGAGUUAAAGGGGUCAUUGAGUGCGGUUUAUGCAAUUAGAGGAAGGAGAAUGCACAUGGAAGAUAAGUUUAUAAUAAAUGAAAAUAUAAAUGACACAGGCAUUUCUUUAUUUGCUAUAUUUGAUGGACACGGCGGAGAUUUUGCAGCUAAUUAUGCACAAGAACAUCUAAUACAAAAUCUGUACAAUAAGGUUGUAGAGUUGAGUGCAUUUAAAGAUGGCAAACUUCCUGAAACCCCUAAAAAUGAAAGCCCGGAUGAACAUAAGAAAGAAGAGAAAGAAAAUAAUAUAAGUGUUGAAAGAAAAAGCAGUUUCAAAAAGUCUGUGAGUACUGCUGAUGAUACUUCUAAAAAGGAGAUUACAGACCCACAACUUUUAGCUCAAUUAAAUAAAGCGAGACCAAUUACAAGAGAAGUAAGACCAAUUAAACCAGUAAAAAAUGUGUCUGUUCCCUUGUCUAGUUAUAUUUUAAAAGGAAAAAUUAAUUAUGGUAAACUGUUGACUGAUGAAGUUCUAGCUGCUGACCAAUUGCUUGUGGAAGCUGCCAAACGUUCUAUGAAUGUUGCUGGAACAACUGCUCUGAUUGCUGUUUUAGAGGAUAAUAAUCUUAUAGUUGCCAAUGUGGGAGACUCAAGAGGUGUUAUGUGUGAUUCCCGUGGAAAUGCUAUUCCAGUGUCUUUUGACCAUAAACCACAACAGGUUCGAGAACAAAAAAGAAUAGAAGCUGCUGGUGGCUACAUAGCAUUUAAUGGAGUCUGGAGAGUAGCUGGAAUCUUAGCUACAUCUCGAGCAAUGGGUGACUAUCCAUUAAAAGAUAAAAACUUUGUUAUUGCUAAUCCUGACAUUUUGACAUUUAAUUUAGAAGACCAUAAGCCAAUGUUUUUAGUCCUUGCCUCAGAUGGUUUAUGGGAUACCUUUUCAAAUGAAGAAGCUGUUAAAUUUAUAAAAGAGAGAUUAGAUGAACCAGACUUUGGAGCGAAAAGUUUGACACUCCAGGCCUACUAUAGAGGCUCCGUUGACAACAUCACAGUAUUAGUUAUUAAUUUUAUGCAAGAGAAAUAUUCCACCGCAACUCUCACAGAAUAAUCAUAUUAUUGGUGUUGUAAAUGUGUAAUGUUUAUGAGCAAAUUUAAAAAACUUGAAAUUUGCUCAUUUUGUCUUAAAUGUUAUGUGGUGGUAUUUUAAAGGCCAAAGGAAAUGCAAUGUAUUUCCAGCUAUACUAUACAAUUAAUGUUGUACAUUAAAAUUUUUACUCCAAGUCAAAUUGGCAAUUUUGUACUUACAUACACAAUCAAACAGUAUAGUACAGCCUUUUCAUAUAAAUAUUGAAAUCUUAUUUAUUGAUGUUUGAAUUAACAAAUUUAAUCAAUACUGAAUAUUUUUUCAAAAUUUUCAUAAUAUCACUUAUUGUAAGUAGAUGUCCAGAUCUAUGUAAUAGAAGAUUGAUAUUUUGAAAUAUGUGUAUUUAGAAAUCGAAUAUAAGUGGUUGUGAUUGUGGAAAAUGUUUAACCUUUUUAAAACAUAAAGAAUUUACAUUUUAACUAAAAAACCCGAACUAUUGUUGUCAAAUAUUUACAUUUUUUUGCCUUACGAAGGCUUAGAUGUUCCUAAUAUUAGUUUUAUAGUGUUGCACGUAAUUCCUUAAGGGCAUUUGUUAAUGAGUUUUGAUGUUAAUCUUUGUUUAGAGCUUUACCCUGGCCUUACGUUUUUAUGAUGUAGUUAUUUUGAUUUAUAUAAGGUACUAUAAUAUGAUUAUAUAAGGUGAUUGAUAAGAAAGCAAAGAGACUUCUCUGCCUACCAACUUUUGUUUCGCCGAAUUAAAACUUCAAGAGUCACGUGACGUCACGUGAUUAACCCACGGAGACUAAACUUCUGACGUAGGUUUUUGUAUCUCAGGUGUGUGUUUUUUAACAAUGGCGUCACAAUGCGAGUAGCACUAAGUAGUUAAAAAAAUAAGCCCCCUUUUCAUAAAAAAAUAUAAUAGUCUUGUUUUAAGUAAAGUACUUAUCUGUCUCCUAAAGAGUACUUUAUUUAGAAAGCUGAUUUGAGUUUUGUAUGAAUAAAGGGGAAAGAGGAGGAAGUGUUUAUCUACAUUAUUAAGUUUCUAUCCUAAAUGUGACGUUUAAGAAAAUAAUUUUGUUAGCUAUUAAUAUUUGCAUUGAUAUGAUAUAACUCAUGCAAUACCUGGCUGUUAUCCAGUUGCAAUUAUGGAUCUUCAAAUAAAGAUGACUUAGUGCUAAUUAUGAAAUCGUUUGUGUUUAUGUUGCCAUUAACUAGUCAUGUUAAAUGUUCAUAUUAAAUUUGUAUUUACCUAUUAUUUGUGAUAAAUUACGUAAAUGAAUUAGGGAGUAUUUUUAUAUUCAAACAAGUAUGAUUCAGAUAAGUCAGUAAGGCCUAUUUUAUAGUACAACAGUCUACAUCUAGUCUCAAGUGGGUCCAACAUUUCCAUGAAUAGUGUUAUUUGGAUUUGCUUUGGCAGCCUUCGAUUUCUUAGCGGUAAUUGAUUCGCACAGACUCGUCACAUUCACAUACAUCGUAUUAAGAAAUUUCAGUGGUUUAUAAUGUUACUAUUGGUUUAUUUAGUCGCGAGUAUUCUUCGUUGCGUUGCUAAUAUAAACUAACAUGUUUUAGUACCUACAUAAAAUUCAUCACAAACGCAUAUGCAUGCGGUUAAGUUUUUGUAAUUGGCACAUUUUUGUUUAAGUACGUAUUCAAUGGUGCUAAUUGUGAUGUAUGCGAAUUGAAAAUUAAAUAAUGUAAAGUGUUUCCCAGGACUGGGGUGGGGUAAGAUUCAGAAAUGAGACUUAGGGCAUUUUACUCUCGGACGUCAAAAAUGUAUUUGAAGUAUACUUGCAUCUGUCAAAAUCAUUGGCAGAAAAGUAGGUAUUUCGCCCUGUCUUCUUUCUGAAUCUCACCCUGGUUAGGGAGUGCCAAACCUCAAAGUAUUGAUUUUAGAAUAGCGGGCCUCUGUGUACAUCAUUUUUAGCACCAUUUUCCUAUAUUCUUACGUUCUAGGUGUUUUUUAAUUAUUCGGUCACAAUACUAAAAACGGGAUUCUUUUAAAAGACACACGUGUACGUAAAAUUGUAAUAUGUGUUAACUAAUACUGUGAAUAAAGAAUGUAUAUAAA